AUGAGUGUUGGCCGCCUCCAAGCUGCGUUGGCCAGCGCCACAAACGAGGUCACCGUUGCAGCCGCAAACAUUAACUUCGACUUUACGCUUGUCAAGUAUGAAGCUCCAAAAGAGUACCAACCUCUUGGUGCACUCCUUUCUCCUAAACGCAAGGAAAAUGCAGAAUUUGGACCUUCACACUGUACAGCACGCCGGCUGGCGUCCUUGUUCCAGGAUGUCUGCCCGGAAACGCCCAAUUUGAUCAGCGCCUAUGGGAAGCGGGUGUCGGAGAUCUCGACGAGGGCGACGAAGAGACAGUCGACCAAGUUUGCUAAUUCCAUGUUCGAGUCGUACGCUGGUAUAGACGCGACAUCCAUCUGGGCUGCUGCCACAUCGUCGGAUCCUGCUGCGGCCGACAGGGGCGCAUUGCACAUCCACCUGCUGGCUAGCAUGCUCGCCAAGAUGUGGACGGCACCCGAAGCCGUGUCGAUUUGGUUCGAGCUCAUCUCCGAGAGGCAACGGAUGAUAAGCGAACAGCUGGAAAGAGGUGACGCCUUGCCGUUCUCGCUUGCGGCGGCAGCGGCACAACGUCAGAUACAGCGCUCUCAGCUCGCCGAGUGGGACGCCAGCGCCAGAGCCUGGCUGCAGACGGCCGACUCGGUUAUGGUUAAGGAGCAGGACCAGCUCCGAAUUAUUCUCGAAAAUAUCGAGCUAUCCACCAGCAGAGACCAGAGCAAGGCUUCGAUGGUCUACCUGAGUGUGACCCAAGCAUGGUGUAGAGCAUUGAUGGUAAUGGAAAGGCUUGUGUCUGGCGUCGCCCAGGAGGUCCACGAUGGGGCGGCUCUCGUUGGCCUCACGGCCUGGCACAUCUAUCCGGAUAUUCAUUCCCAUCAUCGGUGGAAUGCGGAUCACACAUUGGACAAUGACAAGGAGAUCCAUCACCGGACGACACAACGGAGCCCGGCGCCGUUCUCUUUCAAGGACGGUUAUGUUUACAGCCACCAACACGGCACGCCCAUCCCCAUGUCGCUGUGGUUCGGCAACGUACACGGAGUGGCUCUCUAUCAGCCGUGCGAUCUAGCUAGACCUGCCAUGCCUCCGGCGCAAGUAGAACUGGAAGAUCUGCUCUGGGCUCUCGAGUAUGACCUAAUGGCGGACAUCCGAAUUCCCGAAGAUACAGUGUCGUCCACCUUGAGUCUCUUGGCAGUCGCCCACUCUACGGUGCUAGGGAGGCUUGAGGGAUUGAUGAUCCGGCUCAAGACUUUGUCGAAGCCGCUCACGGAAGCCAAAUGGGCGAAGGAAGUCGCCGUCAACUUCGACCAACAUUAUAACGCUGGAAUGUACCGAUGGACACCUGGAGCUCUUCCUAAAUCUAUUAGCGUGUUGUCGUAUUUCAUAUCUGAAUGCGACCUGCGGCCGACCGAUAUCGAGGAAAACGUUUGUGGCGUCUCUUUCGGAGACUCUAUAUUUGUCCCAGAGAACUUGACCCGCGAUCCGUUUGAGGCUUCUGAUGAGCAGGCCAUCGUACGAGUUUUGGGAAAUAUAGGCCUUCCGGGCUUCGUUAUGUUCUCUUCCGUCAUGGAACCGAUGGUGUCGGAGGUCAGCGAGUCGUCCUGGAAGGUAAUCAACCAGAACAUCUUCAACGGCCGCCCCGAGAAUGCGUUUGGCUCGACGUCAAUGCACCUAUCCUUCACCAACUGGGAGAGGUCUCUUGAGGAGCCGAUGUCCGGGGGUCUACAGGAUACGCAAGUCAUGAAAAUGGAGUCCGUUGUCUCCAUUCGUGAGGCUGGCUCUUGGGUCGGCGACGUCGACGUCGUCCGCGCGCUCCGUAACGAGCGCGUGAGCAAGCUUCGCCCGCAGCCGUCCUGCACCCACGCCAUAGAUGGGCUCUACGGAGCGCAUCUUACGUCGAUUGAAUCCUGGGAUGAGCUGAGGAAUUGCAACUCGGGGAACGUGGUGAUCAGAGCACACGGGAAUUGGGUAGCACGGCUCGCCUGCAUAGCUUUUCUAUCGCAGGGUAUCCAGCGGGGUGACUUCAGGUUUGAGAGUGUCAUCGUCUGCCCCCAGCAAGUCUGUUGGAAAUGUGUCGAGAAGUUUUCGCCUUGCGUUUACGUGUACUAG